AUGGCCACAGAAGAGCAGAGGCAAGAUGCUAUCUCUCAGGCAAACCCAGACCCCACUAGGGUAGUAGAGUCCAAGAAAGGUACCGUCGGAGUGGGCACUCUAUCAAUUGCGCGACAUCAACUGACCGGCCGCACAGUAUGGACAACCCUGAUAACAAACACAAACUACCUCCCCGGCCUCCUCGCGCUGGACUACAGCCUCAAACUCCACAAAUCCGCCUACCCCCUCGUCGCCCUCUACACCGACACCUUUCCUCCCGAAGGCCACGCAGCGCUCGACGCACGCAACAUCCCCAAGAAGCGCGUUAACUACCUGCUGCCGUCCAUAACCAAGGACUACAGCAACGACCCGCGCUUCUACGACUGCUGGAGCAAGCUGACGCCGUUCUCGCUGGUGGAAUACGAGCGCGUGGUGCAGCUGGACAGCGACAUGCUGGUGCUGAGGAAUAUGGAUGAGCUUAUGGAGCUGGAGCUUGAUCCGCCGAACAUGGCUGGGAAGGGUGAGAGGGUUUUUGCGGCGAGUCAUGCGUGUGUGUGUAAUCCGCUUAAGAAGCCGCAUUAUCCCAAGGACUGGUGGGUUCUGCCGCUCUUUGCUGGAUUUGUAGGAUACGAUGCUGAUGGGAAGGACAGGAUACCAGAGAACUGCGCCUUCACGACCCAACACUCCGAUCCAGACACCGCGCAAAAGGAAGGUGCGCCCCCAACAGCCGGCCUAGGCAUGCCCAACGGCGGCCUCCAAGUCGUCAACCCUUCCAGCGAGGUCUACUCCCUGAUCCUUGACAAGCUGGCCAACGACACGGCGAUCAACUACGACUUCGCGGACCAGUCGCUGCUGAGCGAUCUCUUCUACGGCCGCUGGGUGGCGCUUCCGUAUAUAUACAACGCGCUGAAGACGCUGCGGUGGGAGGGUGUGCAUGCGGCGAUCUGGCGGGAUAGCGAGGUCAAGAAUGCGCAUAUUUUGCUGUCGCCGAAGCCGUGGGAUGAGCGGCCGGGAGAGGAGAGCGAUGAGACGCAUAAGUGGUGGUGGAGGGCGAAUUUGGCGAGGAAGGAGGAUGAGAGGGCUAGGGGGAUUGAUGAUGCGUUUUGA